AUGAUAAAAUAAUAAAAUAUAUAGCAAUUAUUCCCUAACUUAUAAGAAUAAUCUUACAAGACUCUUGAAUAAGUUUAUGAAAAUAUUGCUUUAUAAUAAUUCCAUGUGUUAGUUUAACAAAUAAAAACUAAGUUUCCAAUACCAAAUUAAAUCAAUCCUGUUUAAUUUCCUACACAGGAGAAUGUAAUUGAUUUUUUUUAGAAUUACAAACCAAUUAUUUUAGAUUUGGCAAACAUAAAUGAUGUUAAAAUAAAGUUAUACAAAAAUGCAGCAUUCUAUGGAACUUUGAUAGAUGGUUUAAGGUAAGGACAAGGUAUUUUAAUUAAAUCAACAUUAUAACUUUAUGAAGGUUCUUUUAUGAGAGAUAAGAAGGAUGGAAUAGGAUUUGAAUUACUGAAACAAAAUCAAUUUUAUUAUGGUACAUAUCUAAAUGGUUUGCCACAUGGAGAAGGAGUAUUCUGGUCAAAAAAUUAAAAGUAUAUUGGUUAAUGGCAUUAAGGAAAGAAAGUAUAGAAUUAUAAAUAAUAUUUAAAUAGCAUGGAAUAGGAUGGUAUUAAGGAAGUCAUAAUGAUUAUUAUUUAGGAUAAUGGGAAAAUGGUAGAUGUUUUGGACUUUGUAUUUUUAUUAAUGGGGAUAUGUAUUAACUGAUUAAUAAUUUUAGAUUUGUUGGUCAUGUUACAAAUGAUCUAAAACAUGGAAAUGGUUAAGAGUAUUUUGAAAAUGGUGAUUAUUUUAAUGGGGAAUAUAGAAAUGGUAAACCGAAUGGUUAUGGUGAGUUUUAUUGGAAUAAUGGUAAUUUCUAUAAAGGUGAAUUUAUAAAUGGAUAAAGAAAUGGAUAUGGAGUGUGGGAAAGUAAAACAUAAGAAGGAAUAAAUACUUAUAAAGGAUAAUAUGUAAAUGAUAAAAAAUGUGGAGAAGGAAUAUUUGAAUAUGCAAAUGGAACUAAAUAUUAAGGUUAUUUUGUAGAUGAUAAAAGAUGUGGUUAUGGUGAAAUCACAUGGUAAGAUAGAGCUACUUAUAAAGGAUAUUGGGUUGAUGGAUUAAUGGAAGGAGAAGGAAUCUAUGAAUAUGAUACACUUGUACUUAAAGGUAAUUGGAAAACCAAUUAAUUAUAAACUAUUGAUAAAGUUAGAGUUUCAUUAAAUCAAUUUCCAUAAUAACAUAAUUUAAAAGAAAUUAAUGAAACUCAAGACAUUUUAUCAUAAAUGGCUGAUGAACCUGAUUAAGAUGAAAUUGGAGAAUAAUUUUAAAAUGAAAUUCUGACAUCCAAAACUGAUCAUGCUCCUCCAUAAAAUAUAACAAAUACAUCUCAUAAUACUAGUCAUAAUGAAAUGUAAUUUCAUUAAAAAUUACCUAUCUUAUAAAGAUAAUUUGAUUUACUUAGUCUCCUUGAUUAAGGACUUUAAAUAUAAACUUUAGAUGUUUCACAAAAAUAAAAUAGCUCUAGUGUUGCCAUUCAAACUGAAAGUAAAAAAAUAUUUCUACCCAAAUUAACACUUAAUAAAAAAAUACCUACUCAAUAUAGUACUAGUGUUGAUCAUAGAAAAAAUUAAUUUAAAUUUGAUUCUUUAUCUAAUUCUCCUAAAAAUAGAGGAGGAACUGAUUAAUCCAAUAAAUCAAAUAAACUUUAAAAUUUAAAAAAACCUAAUAGAUCUGUCUAAUGUAAAAACAGAAAAAACAAAUAAAUCCUACUCUCUAAAAAAGAAUAGAAUAUAUGGGCUAUUAAAAUUAAUAAAUUAAAACUAAGUCCUAAUAAAUAUAAUAAAUUGUGGAAUCAUGAAGUAAACAUUUCUUUAAAAUUAAGGUUGUUAAUGAAAUCAAAUAAUUCAUCUAUCCUCCUAUUUGGAAACCUCCAUCCCAUUUAACAUGA